GUGCCUAAGAUGGCGGGCCGACGGUUAUUAUCUUCCGUCAGGUGGUGAAGAGUUGAAAGGCGACGGCUCCGGGAAGAUGGCAGAAAGCGAGCGGCAGCCGGACCCCCCUGAGGAGGCAGCGCCUCCUCCCUGCCAGAACUUCAUGGUCCCCAAAAAGGAAAUCAACAUGGUCCCUGACAUGGCGAAAUGGAAACGCUCUCAGGCUUAUGCGGAUUACAUUGGCUUUAUCCUCACGCUGAAUGAAGGCAUCAAGGGGAAGAAACUGAUGGGCGAUUACAAAGUCUCGGAGCCUAUUGAAAAGCUGGUGGCUCUCCUGAACACGCUGGAUCAGUGGAUUGACGAGACCCCGCCGGUGGACCAGCCCUCACGUUUCGGGAACAAAGCUUUCCGGACGUGGUACGCCAAACUAGACCAGGGAGCGGAGAACCUGGUUGCCACUGUGGUCCCGAUGCAGCAGGCAGAAGCGGUUCCCGAGGUGGCCGUGUACUUGAAGGAAUCUGUGGGGAACUCCACCCGCAUCGACUACGGGACAGGCCACGAAGCAGCGUUUGCCGCCUUCCUCUGUUGCCUUUGCAAAAUUGGCGUUCUCCGGGUGGACGACCAGCUGGCCAUCGUCUUCAAGGUGUUCAACAGGUACUUGGAAGUCAUGCGGAAACUCCAGAAAACCUACCGAAUGGAGCCAGCCGGGAGCCAAGGGGUCUGGGGUCUGGAUGACUUUCAGUUCCUGCCCUUCAUAUGGGGCAGCUCACAACUGAUAGAUCAUCCAAAUCUGGAGCCUCGGCAUUUUGUGGACGAGAAAGUGGUGAACGAGAACCAUAAGGACUACAUGUUUCUCGAGUGCAUCCGGUUCAUUACAGAGAUGAAAACGGGCCCGUUCGCUGAGCACUCCAACCAGCUGUGGAACAUCAGCGCAGUCCCUUCCUGGUCCAAAGUGAACCAAGGCCUCAUCCGCAUGUACAAAGCUGAGUGCCUGGAGAAGUUUCCCGUCAUUCAACACUUCAAGUUCGGCAGCCUGCUUCCCAUCCAGCCUGCUGCGUCUUAAGGAGGUCCUUUCCUUUUUUUUAUUUUUUCCAGGCGGGGUGGGGCGGGGUGGGCGACGCGCCGGCGAGAGCGCGCGGGGCGGUCCUAGCGCCUCUUCUCCCUUCCCGCCCCUGCCGCCACGCCUGUCCGGGGGGCACACGAUCCCCCCUCCCCCAACCCCGUUCAUCCUUGCAGCGCAGCCGGGCCGGAGGAGAAGGCGGCCAGGAGACCUUCCGAAGGGGGUCUUGCAGCUAGGAAGGGGAGAAAAGACCCGAGACGCAAGAACCAAGCGUGACUCCGGACCACGACAAUCAGCGCCGAACUGUCCUUCGUCCCGGCCUCUUUGGCACCCUCGGGUGCUUUUCCUUUUUAUUUUUUAAACGGAAGCUCUGCUGUAAUAUUGAUUUGGGGGAAAUACACGUGCUUUAAAUUGAGGGGGCGAACCGUAGGAUUGUGUGAGGUUUUUGCCUCCGUCUGCUGCCGCCUUCCCCAACCUCGCGUCCUCCGGAUGCGUUGGACUGCAAUUCCCAUCAACCCAACCCAACUCCUGGAGAGCACUAGGUUGAGGAAGUCUACUGGAAGAGAAUGGAGAUUUUUUUCUCUUUCUUUUUUUUCUUUUGUGGUGGGGAGGGGUCAUUAACAAGGAAAGUCUAGGUGGGUUCGAGUUUUCGGGAAAUUGUUACUCUGAUGUAGCUAUUCCUGAUUUUUACCGUGGACGUGGGAGCAAAGCUAAGAGAAUGCCAGUAUCUCUGAGGUGUUUCCCGGGGAGCAUGGGCCAAGCGGUUAGAGGGAGUCGGAGCCUCUUGAUCUACAGAGUAGAGGGAGCUGAGGACCGAGGAAGGGAAAUCCUCCCUCCAUGUGGGAUCCUUCAGUCAAGGGAACCCACUUUGAAACUUCACGUGGAGGGGCAAAUACAUACUUUUGCUGUAACAGCAGCUCUGCGCAAGGCUGUUUGCCUCAGGGGAUUCGUCCUUUCCCUGAACCUGCAGCCCUCCAGAGGCAUCGGACUGCAACACCUAUCAUUCCCAGCUGGUGGGAGUUGUCGUCCGACGUAGUUAAAGGGCGCCAGGUGCGGACGGCUAAGGCACGGGAACAAAACAGCUCUCGUUCGUGAAAUCAGGGCAUGACCAGCGCGUGCACAUGCCUGGUCCUCUUCCAUCUCCGGGAAACCGUCCCCUUUUCCGGCUCGUUGCGUAGCAGCAUCAGGGCUGUGCCGAGGCUCAUCCCAGUGGCGGUGGUGGUGGAGUCUUGGCUGCGUUACACAGCCAGGGAAAAUAAAAUGAUGCGAAACGCCCUUUUGAAGAACUCCACAGUAUCCAAGCCUCACAUGUACGCUUCAUUGUAGGUUGCACGCUAGAUGGGGAAGCCAUGUGGUCUUUAUAGCGAGUACAUCCAUUCCAUUGGUGGGAAUGAAAUUUGACUGAAAUCUCGAGUCUCACUAUACACACACACACACAAACCGACCUCCAAUCUGUUUUAAGUCGCACGGCCCCGUAACAGGGAGCCCUGGGGCUUGUCGUUUGAGGAAGAGGGAAAUGGGGUACCUCUCACCAGGGGCUCCACUCUUUUCGGGACAUGUCUGAAGUCAGCCUGACCUUCAAGCCAGCUUAAAACUAAAUGUCUAAACAUACGCUCGGCGUGUUGAACAGGGGAGGUCAAUAACCCUCCUGAGUUCAAGAACGCAGGUGGGCGUCCCCUCGAUAGCUCGAAAGAUCUGCCAGCCUGCUGUGAGAGGGUUUUGCAUGACCAACCCUCAACGCAGGGGAGGGGAAAGUCUGGCCCGCGGGCCAAAUUUAGCUUGAGGCGCCUGCAGAAAAUACCUCCGGGGGAUGGGGCUUGGCCUCCAAACUUCACUCCCCCCCCCCGGAAGUGUCCCCACUGUUAGCCUAACAGUUGCCAAAGAUCUACCAAAUGCUUAGCCAACAUCCUGAGUAUCGCCCACUUCCCACAACCGUGCAAAGUUUCUGUGAACUCUGGGAUGUCUGUGUGUAUCUGUGUGUGCUAAACUUUAUUUUACUGAGGGAUACUUCUGAAUUGUCACUUUUUCUCCUAACAAAGCGCCGCCUCUCUGUUGCCCCGUUUGGGGACCCGGGAUCUGCUACAUUUCGCAGAAAAUAUUUGUGUCUGUGUACUUCCUCUGAGCAUUUAGAGUCGCUCCUUCUUGGUAUGGCCCUCGUUUUCCUUUUGGAACUCUGACCAGAACAGACUUCUGUGUGAAUGGAAUGUUGUAGUAUUGACCAAUUGUUUUGGAAAUAGUUUGAGACCCUGAUAAACCCUCUCUUCUGCUCCAUCCUCCAUUUCUGAAUUCCCAAGUAAUCUGCCAACUGUUUGGGAAAGAGGGACCUACGUUCACAUCUUCAGAGCCAAACGGGAAGGAUCGAUAGAUACGAACUGUUGAACAUACUCUCUCUCCCCUCCCUUACCUGCUGAUCUGGGUUCACUUUCCAUCUUGGAUUUAGGAUGAGGCUGUAUUCUCCCAUAUUUGAAACCUCUUGUAACGGUCGUGGCUGGGAAUCGUAGCUUUUGUGGGUACGGGUUUGCAUGGGUGGGCUCCCUCUCCAAGCCCUGUCCUCCUGGUCUAGAGGCUAGCGGUGGCUUUGUGAGGAGGCGGGGAGAGGAAUCCCCUCAACUGUUGCUCGCCAAAUCCCCUGCUGCCUCCGAUCUCUCGGAGAUAACGAGGGGACUGCAACUCCUAUUAGCUCUAGCCACUGUAGCCAAACAUCUGGAAUACUGGGACUUGUAAGCCAAAAUGUUUGGAGGGCUGCAAGCUGCUCUCCUCUCCUUGAACGGGAAUGGAUGCUUCUGCAUGUAAACUCAUAAGGCCGGCUUGCAUAGAGAGAUGAACACCCCCUCGACUCCUGCAUCCUGGAUUGGCUGUUCAGUCUUUGAGAAGGCUUAAUUUGCUAUUAAUUCAGACCUAAUAACCUCUGUUGACUAUCGACGGGCCCAGCAACUAGAACGAGGCCUCCUCGGUUCAUUUCGUUGAAGAUGUGGGACGUUUCCAUCAGUCCGGCGUCUUUGCUUGUUUCACCUGCGGAAUAUUUAGAGGGCAGUUUGGUUGGCUGCCAGAGCAAGCGCGUUCGUCCAACUCUCUCGUCACAAAUAGUUCCCCGCGCAUGUGUACCCCUCGGCCUGGAAUCGCCGCGCGGCAUCCCUCGGGGCUGUAAACGUUCCACGCAAUACUCUUUUCCGGGGGGACUCCCAGCUUCCUUAGCGUUGUGGUUUCAAUUAAAAGAAAAAGUUUGCGUUUUGCACCUGA